GGUAAGAACGGAGGACAAAAACUGUUAUUGUCAGUGCACUAGAGAACGCUGUGAGAGCAUCAAGUUUCGAUAACCAUAAGUCACAUUUUGACGUUUUAUUGAGUGGUUGUUUAGGAGUAUUUUGGUGGGACGCAAGAUGGCGUUCAGGUCGACCGUGGGUGUAGUCUUUCUGGCUUGCUUAGUAGUAUUAGUAUCAUCAGCAGUACCAAAGAACGCGAAGAGGAAGCCUGCGAACGCGCCCGCGCGAGUCGCAGACGAUGCUGAGCGAGAUGCUGAAAUCACCAACAGCUGUCCUGAAGACGGAUUCUUCGCUGACGCUGAACAGUGCGACAAGUACUAUGCGUGCAGAAAUGGUGAAAUAACCGAGAAGCUGUGCCCAGAUGGUAUGGUGUUCAAUGACUACAAUCCAGACGACGAGAAAUGUGACUUGCCUUUCAACAUUGAUUGCUCCCAGCGACCUAAACUACAGACGCCCAUCCCGUCCCUGCACUGUGUCCGUCAAAACGGCUACUUCUCUCACGAAGAUCCGGCCGAAUGUGGCAAGUUCUACUACUGCGUGGACGGCAAGUUCAACAUGAUCACGUGCCCAAGCGGCCUCGUGUACAAUGAUAAGAGCGGCAUCUGCACCUGGGCCGAUGAAGCUAAGAAGAAGGGAUGCGGAGCUGCUGAUGUGUUUGCAUUCGACUGCCCACCUGUGAAUGAGACCUUCGGUUUGACCCAUCCUCGUUACGCCGACCCUGAUGACUGUCAGUACUUCUACGUGUGUAUAAACGGUAAUACACCUCGUCGGUCUGGAUGCAAGCUUGGACAGGCCUUCGACGAUGUCAGCAAAAAAUGCGAGUGGGCGAGGAAAGUGCCUGAAUGCGCCGAUUGGUAUAAGGACCAACUCUCAGAUGCGGAGCUAGAGGCGCUAGAAAACCCCCCUACUCCCAAGCCGAAGCCCGCAGGCUCUCCCUCACGCCGCAAGCCCAACCGCCCCGGCAAAGGAAAACAAGUGGAGGCCGACCAAUAGUGAUUAGUAUAGAUAGCUCAAUAAAGAAUAAGUUUUUAAACUACA